UAAAGCUUAUUAACCCAAAACCAAUUCGGUAGUAGUUGAUUGAUUUCUACUCGACUGUGUUGGUUGGACUCUGGAGAAGGAGCAUAUAACUUUUCAAGCUUCCAUUUCUCUGUAAGUUCAUGUUCUCACUUUCUACAUUCUCCUUCUUCAAUCUAGAUCCACUUUUCUCACCUACACAUACUCAAAAACCCAAUCAUUUCAAUUUCCCAAUUCUCAAUUCCCCAUCUUUUUACCCAAAUCAAUUGUUUUUUCCAUCUGGGUAUUAAAUUUAAAGGAUGAAGGAACCUCUAAAUCCAGCAGAACCAAUUGGGCAAAACAUAAUCAAACUAAUUAGUAAUGUAUGUUUUUCUGUCUUUGUAUUUGCCGUUUUAAUCAUCACUGUUAUUGCAAUCACAUACCAACCUCCAGAUCCAUGGCUGCAAUCUGCUCCUGCUCUUACUAAGCUUUUUACCCAGGUAGAAAAUUCUACUUUUAAAGAUGAUUCUUCUGUUCUUAAAACUGGUGAGGAUUUAGUUUUAUCCCCUGCACUUGCUCCUUCUGUUUCUAACCCUAUUACUGAAAUUGGGAUUACCACUUUUGAGAAGAAUCUUACUCUAAAUUCAACCCUUAGCCCAUCUGUUUGUGCUGAGGAUCUUACUGUCGUUAAUUGUUCGGAUCCUCGAGUUUUGAUUGCUAUUGAGCGUUUUAAUUUGAGGCGUUUUAAGUCCAUUGUGUUCUUGGAGUAUGCUAAACCUGUUAAUGGGUCUAAAUCUAAUGAAUGUGAUGUAGCUUGGAAGUUUAGGAAUAGGAAGGAGAAAUCUUGGAGGAAAUACAGGGAUUUUCGUCGUUUUAGGAUUGGGGUUGGGGAUGAUUGUGCUUAUAAGGUUGUUGGUGCUAAUGGGUGGCAUUCUGGUGUAAAUGCUAGACGCCCUAGGCCGAUGCGUAUGAAUGGGAACAAUCGAAAUCCAAAGGUUGUCGCUGCUUCGUUUCGUGAUAAUGAGAUUAAUGAUACUAUACCCAAGAUUAGUUCUGAUAAUGCUUUUAGGAGAGGGAGGUACUUGUAUUAUUCGCGCGGUGGGGAUUAUUGUAAAGGGAUGAAUCAUUAUGUGUGGAGUUUCUUGUGUGCCUUAGGGGAAGCGCGGUAUUUGAACCGGACUUUUGUGAUGGAUAUGAGUGUUUGUUUGGCGUCACAGUAUAACCCUAGUGGCAAGGAUGAGGAGGGUAAGGAUUUUAGGUUUUAUUUCGACUUUGAGCAUUUAAAAGAGGAGGCUUCGAUUGUGGAGGAGCGAGAAUUCCUUCGGGAUUGGAAAAGAUGGGACAAAACCCAUAAGAGGAAGAUUCCGGUGAGGAAGGUUAUGAGCUAUAAGACCACACCGAUGCAACUAAAGAAGGAAAAAAGCAGCAUUAUUUGGAGGCAUUUUGAUGCUCCUGAACCCGAUAAUUAUUGGUACCGGGUGUGUGAAGGACAAGCGGCAAAUUACAUUCAAAGACCAUGGCAUAAACUUUGGAAAUCGAAGAGACUUAUGAAUAUAGUUUCGGAAAUUAGUGGGAAAAUGGAUUGGGAUUUUGAUGCGGUACAUGUGGUUCGAGGAGAAAAGGCGCAGAACAAGCAACUCUGGCCCCACCUGGAUGCGGAUACAUCUCCCGAAGCUAUUGUCUCAAAGCUUCAAGGCGUAAUACAGCCUUGGAGAAACUUGUAUAUUGCCACGAACGAGCCUUUCUAUAACUAUUUCGAUAAAUUGAGGUCGCACUAUAAGGUGCAUCUGUUGGAUGAUUAUAAGGAGUUGUGGGGAAACACAAGUGAUUGGUAUAAUGAGACUACUGCUUUGAAUGGUGGUCGACCAGUCGAUUUUGAUGGAUAUAUGAGAGUUGAAGUAGAUACCGAAGUUUUUUUCAGAGCGAAGACACGGGUAGAAACGUUCUACAACUUGACUAGUGACUGCAAGGAUGGCAUCAAUACAUGUUGAUCAGAUUUGGAUGGCGUUCGUUAAAAGCUUACAUAAAGAUGAUCUUGCAGUAUGUUGUUCAUACCCUUGUUUAUUAGCAUCAUAUCAUUCUAUGAUUAUCAUUUUGAUACCUUUUAAAUCUCAACCGUGAUUUGAUAUAGCCAUUAGAUGAUGUAUUCUUCUUCGAUUGUUUGAGUUAAUUUUUGCACUAUAUUGUAAAAUUUGUGCUGUUAUAGAUGUCUUUGUAUCAAAUACAAAAAGGCUGGUAAUACCUUAUUUGCA